UCUGUCCGGCGACGGGCUAUGAAGGAAGCGUUUUAACCUUAACGAGGUAAACAAGCUGCUUUACUCACGUUUCCCGAUGACACACGGCAGUGACACACGGUGAAAACACUGUGCGACAACCAGCAAGAUGGAAACCAAAGUGACAUCAGAGCCCAAAUCCAAUGGCAUGACGAAUGGAGGUGCAAUGAUUGUUGAUGAUGAUGACGAUGUUCUUUGCCCAACUGACCUGUCUGAGAUGUUAGCUGAGGGGACCAAGGAGGCCCACGACAGAGCAGAAAACUGCCAGCUUGUUAAAGAUUUCCUCAGAGGUCGCAUCAAAAAGGAGCUGUUUAAGAGAGGUACAGCAGCUCUAUAUUUUGUCUACUCGGCCAUGGAGGAGGAGUUUGAGAAGAACAGAGAGCACCCCCACAUCGCCCCAAUCUAUUUCCCCACAGAGCUGUACCGGCGUGAAGCCCUGGCCCGGGACCUCGAGUACUUCUACGGAGAGGACUGGGAGAGCCAGAUCAGCCUCUCUGCAGCCACCAAGCCUUAUGUGGACCGCAUCCACGAGGUUGGAGAUAAAGACCCGGUGCUGCUGGUGGGCCACUCUUACACCCGCUAUAUGGGUGACCUCUCAGGUGGACAGAUCCUCAAGAAAGUGGCCCAGAGGGCACUGAAGCUCCCUGUGACAGGCGAAGGGCUGAACUUCUACCAGUUUGAGGAUAUACACCGUCACAAGGGCUUUAAGCAGCUUUACAGAAGCAGGAUGAACGAGCUGGAGCUGGACACUGAAACCAAAGAGAGGAUCGUGGACGAGUCCAACCGGGCCUUUGGCUUUAACCUGAUGAUAUUCACAGAGAUUGAAGAGAUUGGAAAGAACAUCAAAGAAGAAGUCCAAGAUACGGGUAUCGGACACAGUCAUGCAGAAAUCAUGGAGGGAGGAGAUAUCAACAAGUGCCCCUACUACGCAGCAAAAAUGGCUGUCAGUGGAAAUCCCACCCACGCAUGCCAGUUAGCCAUGAUGCUUCUCAGACAUCCGCACUGUCAGGUGGCUCUGGCUGCCAUCCUCGUUGCUUUCACUGCCUGGUACCUCAUGUGAGCUCCCUCUCACCUCAAAGAGCAGAGGACACUGUUUUAUCCGGCCAAAUUUAAUCCUCUUUAUUCAUAUAUGCAGAGGUUUUAGAGAUAUUUUAACAUGUAGAAUUAUUAAAUGAUCUCUGUUCAUCCAAGUGAUUAUUUGCGUUGAAUGUAUUUAUAAUGAUAAUAACAAAAGUGUGUAAAUUUUGUCAAGCUUGGUGAUUGACAUGUUUCUGGUUGUAAAUAUCAAUUUUAAUCAGUAAAUUGCAUCACAAAAUUUAAAACUCUGCUGAAAAUACUGUCUGCUUUUUUUUCUCCAUAUGGUUAAUGUAAAAGUGAGCAUAGUGUAAUGUUGUAUUAGCCCCUUUCCAGUUAGCAACAUUUCUAUAGUUUUGUUUGUUAAAAGUACAUUACAGUCACAAAUUAAUAUUAAUUUAUAUAACAUUGUCAGAAACCAAUGACAAAAAAAUGUGCUUUAAUUGUAUAGGAGGUAAAAUUGGCACUUAAAUGUAUCCUGAAGGAGGUUGUGGUGGGUCAACGUGUUUGUCCCUUUACAGAAGCAGUUUAUGAUGGAUGCAAACCAGUAAAACCAAUUUAGUGUCAUCAAUAGCUCUAUGAUAGUCUGUGUUGCCUUGUCAAUACCAAACAGUAGCAAUUACAUCUGUUUUCUUGAUUAACUUAUUCUCAUAAAGCCAGCCAUUUUCUGUCAGUAUCUCAGGUAACGUGUGUGCAAAGCUAAAUCAUACUUUUAUUUGCUACUUGCUGUGCUUAUAUCACAGUUUUUUAAAAGUGAUCAGAUGUAACAAAAACAUGGCAUAGAGAACAUAAACCAGCUCUUUCUAGGUAACUUUUAAAGUGAUGAUAUUUGGUUACAGCCUGUGUAUCCACUUUAGCAUCCCAGCAAAAUGAAGUCAGUAGCACUCAUGAUAUAUGACGAUCUGAUGUGACUGUUGUGGGUCUGUUUCAGCCUCUCCAGUAACUUUUAUCUCUAGAAUCACUGGCCUGCUGCUCACUUCGGAGUUGUUUCUGUCUGCCAUUUGUUUCCACAAAAAGUGCUGUGCACAUGUAUAUUCAAUAAAACAUAGGUAGGUGAACA